AGCGCCACCUGCAGGCGGCAGGAGCCGAGGGGCGGGGCUUACCGGGGAGUGGGCGUGGUUAGAGAGAAGGGGGCGUGGUUUAGGGAGGGGGCGUGGCUCAGGUGGCGCGCCGGUUCGUUCUGCAGCGCGGGGUCGGUUCCGAUCCAUCCUCACUGCGACACGAGGGACCGGGGGGAACAGGAGCAGCCGGACCGGCCGCCCUAAAGCUCCUGGUGCCACCGGUGGAGCGACCCAUGGCUGCACCUGGCCAGGUGACACUGGAGGAGGUGACAGUUUGUUUCUCAGCGGAGGAAUGGGCACUGCUGGAGGAAUGGCAGCGGGAGCUGCACCGCGAGGUGACGGCGGCCACGGCGCAGCUGCUGGCAUCACUGGGUGAAGAACUGGCGCUUCCCGCUGGCACCGCAGACAAGGGCAGACCACAGGGUGCAGCCGCAGAGCAGGAGCCGCGAGGGGCCCCUGGCAGCGCGUCCCUCUGUGCCCUGGUGCGCCUGGUGAGGGACAUCCCUCAGUUCCUCUAUGGCAGCUCCAGCAGCGCGGGGCCGCGUGCUGCUGCUGCUGGGGAUCUGGCACUGCAGUCUGACCUUCUGUGUGCAGGUGAUGGAGCAGAGGCGGCUCCAGAGAAUUCCUGUCUCGAUGUCUUGGAUGGAGCAGCACCGUCAUGGCAUGGCACCCCCAGCAGCACAGCACCCAGGGCACCACGGUGGGUUAAACCAGAAGUGCUGACUGAGAGCUCCCCGCUGCGGAGCCUGGAGAGGUGCCUGGAGGAGCUGCCAAGGGGGGACCCCGGCCCACCCAGGGCCCCCAGGAGUGGUGAGGGGCCCUGGGCAGAGCUGGGAGGGCUGUGCUCAUGUGGAGCCAGGAGUGUUGGGCACAGCCCCCUGCAAGGGCUGCUCGACUGCCUCAGGGCCAGCACCAUCCCAACGACAUCGUGCCAUUCCCCACUGGGGGCUUCCCAUGGCACGUGGGGGGCCAUGGAGCCAGGUGCCUUGAGGAGUGGGGGCCAGAGCCCCUCUGCAGCAGACAAAGCCCUGGUGACACCACACUUCCACCACAUGCAGACCUCAAAGUGGACGAGCAUGAACACAUCCACUGGGGACAGUGGGACAGAGGAGCAGAGGAGGCUGGAGAUGAGCCCAGUGCUGGAGGAGGCCCCGCUGCGCGGUCUGCUCCGCUGUCUGAGGGCUGUGACGGUGCAGGCGCCGUGCCGGGACCCUGUGGGUGCUGCAUUGGCACUGAGUGGUGCUGAGGCAUCACCCCGACAUUGCCCCAGUGCAGGGUCCACGGGGAGCCCAGCAGAGCACCGUGUGCUGGGGGACAGCUGCCCCGAUGGCAGCACGCGGCCGUGUGCCUGUGAUCCUGCCACGGGGACAGCGGCCACGAGACCCUCCUUGCGUGGAACCCAGCGCUCACCCUGCAGCUCCCGCAGCGCGGCCCUGGGGGCACUGAUGGCCACGUCCCCUCUGGGCUCCAGGGCUCAUCUCAGGGCUCGUCCCGGGGGGUUCCCCGCGUCCCCACGGAAGCGCUGCGGCUGUGGGGCAUCCCUGGAGCUGCGGGCGGAGGUGGCCCAGCUGUGCGCUGCUGUGGCGGAGGAGCUGCACCGACUGCGGCGGGAUGCGGGCACAGCGCAGCGGGGGGCGCUGGGUGCGCGCAGCCGCUUGGCACGGCCGGAGCGGGGGGCGCGGGGCCGGGCACGGGACGUGGCCGCGCUCAUCCGCAGCCGCCGGCGCCUCCGCGAUGCCGCCCGGCGCCUGGAGGGUCGGUGCUGGGCGCUGCAGAGCCGGGCGUGGAGCAGCAGCCGUGCGCUGCCCGACGGCUCCGGUGCUGCCGCCAUCCUGCGGACGGUGCUGCCCCGCUGUGGGUCCGGAGCAGCCGACAACCCUGCGGCCCAACGGGGUUUGGGGGCUCUAUGGUAGGGCUGCCGCGCUGCUCCCCAGCCCAGCUCUGGCCGCUGAUCCCCACUGUGGACGUGAGUCUGUCCCCAGCAACUCAGGUGGCCGCAGUGAACUCAUCCCAUCCUGCAGCCCCUGCCCUGCAGUGUGUGGGUCCACACUGCAAUAAAGUGGGGCUGCUAAAGCUGCUUUGGUUUCAUCCAUGACCCUGGACAGGAUCAGACCCUGGGGAACACAGGGGGAGCUCAGUUCCCUUGGGCCAGAAGGAAACCUGUGCAUUGGAGCGCACGGACCCCAUCGCUUCCCACUUCUGCCCCUUGGUGCCAGGCAGCUUCUUGGCUCGGGCAGCCCAUGGCCUCAUCCCGGUGCCGGCUCUGAGCCCACUGCAGCACCUGCAGGCACUGGCUCAUCACUGCCGAUGCGUCACUGCUGAGUGACACCGGUGACAUUUCCCGUGUGUCCCCCCCGGCUGUUGGAACGCUGCAGGACGCAGCCAUACCCCGAUUUGGGGUGUCCAGAGCACCACCCCCCAGUGCCCCUCACUCAUCCCAGUCUUCUGGAGUGCGUUUGGGGCUGUGCACCACUCCUGCCCCAGGGCUGGGGAGCUCCUGAGCCGUGUCCCCACCAUCUGCCCCCCCAGCCAAGGUCUCCAUCUGCUGCAGAGCUCUGAGGCAGCGUUUCACAGCCCAACAAUGACUGGCUGAACAGGUUUGUUGCUUCAUUAUUGCUAAUUGGGCAGGUGUGGCUAAUUGAGCAGGUGUCCUAUCUCUCUGUGUCCUCUCCCAUUCCUCAUUCUCCCCACUGAACGAAUAAACCUCAUUUCAUGGGGGUGGACAGGGCACCCAGGUCCACCCUGACUUCAGGGCACUGCAGGAGGGCAGGCGGG